AUGUCCACUUUUAAGACAUGUCCAGUUUUUAAGAUUAAAAUGUCUGAUCCAGGGAACAUGGACAAUGCAACUGAUAUUGAUCGUGAUCUUACCCGUAUGUGCGAGGAGACACAUCGAGCAAAUACAUAUAGGGAUUAUGAUCAAUAUGUUCACCAUCCAAAAAUAAUGGCAAAAGCCGGUUUCUAUGAACUAGAUAAGAGACUGAUUUGUUUCAGAUGUAAAUUAAACAUCGACAUCAGUGACAUUGGAAAAACCGAUGACAUCGUGGAAGUUCACCAGACAAAGAGCCCGAGUUGUAUAUUCGCACGGAAUUUACCUUCACUUCCGAGAUCGAGACUAGUUGUUGCAUCUGAUUUAAGAUACGAAACGAAAAGACUAGAAACUUUUAUAGACUGGCCGGGAAAGGUAACCGGUAAUGUACCUAUUCGUAUAAAUAAGAUUAUAAGUAAGAUCAUCGGUCAUCAAGAGACAGAUAACGAGAAAAACAGCUGUGAUGACAAAGAAGGAAGAAGCCGUGGAUCUAGUGGCGAAGAAGACGGUGGAGAUUCACGCGAGUCGGAAAAUGACAGAUCCUCGAGAACCGGUGCUGGCUACGGCGACCAAGUAAAUUGUUUCCACUGUGGUGUCGGUAUUCGCAAUUGGGAAAGGGAUGAUGACCCAUGGACACAACACGCUAUGUGGAAUCCUGAGUGUUAUUAUGUUCGAACCUUAAAGGGACAAACAUAUAUCGAUACGGCGAAGAUGGUCAAGAGUGCGCUUUUUAGAAAACCUACUCUUGAGAGAACUUAUUCUGUAACGGACGAAGAUUGGAAUGCUGUUAUGGGUCUGGAUAUCACCAAAGAUUUGCUGAUGUCACUCUUUCCAGUUGCUGCCAGGCUCCUGACAAUGUAA